AUGACCAGAUUGGACAGCGCUGAGCUUGCGAAUCACAACCACAGACUGUCAUGCUGGAUCGCUAUCCGCGGCAAGGUCUACGAUGUCACAGAUUUCCUAGAUGAACAUCCGGGCGGUGCACAGAUCAUUCUGAGAAGUGCAGGACAAGAUGCGACGGCUGAAUACGAGAGCGUGCACAGCCCAGAUCUGAUAGCAGAGACCCUGCCAUCUACAGCGUUUCGGGGCACCGUGGCCGCGAGCACCAUCCCGACGUCGAAACCAACCGAUGGAUAUAGGCGGCAACAGAGACCAAAAGCUCGGUUUCCGCCGUUGAGUGCUAUGAUCAGCGUUAAUGACUUCGAAAUUGUGGCAAGGCAAUACCUCAGUCCGACGGGAUGGGCGUACUACUCUUCCGCAGCGGACGACGAGUACAGCCAAAAGGAAGCAGCUCGGGCAUUCCGCAAGCUGACGCUACGGGCGCACAUCCUUCGCGAUAUAGGCUCAGUGGACACCAGGACCACCAUUUUAGGCAAGACCACGACAUUACCAGUCUAUGUCUCUCCAUCCGGACUAGCCAAGCAUGCACAUCCGGACGCAGAGUGCGCCUUCGCUUGUGGUGCAGGGAAGGAAGGCAUAAUACAGGUUAUACCCUCGAGCCCCAGUUUAUCGAUCGAGAGUAUCAUCGGCGCCCGAGUCAAUAAGGACCAGCCUAUUUUCUUUCAGCUGUACCUCAACAAAGAUCCCCAAAAGGCGGAGGCUCUGAUACGCCGAGUUGAGAGACUUGGAGUUACGUCAAUAUGGUUGACCGUUGACUCACCGGUUUUGGGGAAUCGUGAGCAAGACGGACGACUAAAAGCCAGGAUGAAUGAAGGUGACCAGGUCGCUGUUGUAGAGGAGGUCAAGGCUGGUGUGGCCAAAGUCGCCUCCUCUGGUCUCUUAAAUCCGCAUCUGACUUGGGAUCACGUUGCAUGGAUCCGGCGAAUAACGAAACUGCCUCUUGUGCUUAAAGGAAUUCAGAGUGUGGAGGAUGCCGUACUGGCCUAUGACCAUGGGGUCGAAGGGAUUGUCCUGUCAAACCAUGGCGGUCGGUCCCUAGAUACGGCGCAAGCACCAAUGGUAACGCUCCUCGAGAUCCGACGAUAUGCGCCACAUCUGAUCAAUAGCCGAAUGGAGAUCUUUGUGGAUGGCGGAUUUCGUCGGGGGACCGAUGUUUUGAAAGCUCUCGCGUUAGGGGCUCGUGCCGUAGGGCUUGGGAGGCCAUUUCUGUACAGCCUCACUGGUGGCUAUGGGGAAGCGGGCUUUAGGAGGAUGGUGCAGAUUCUGCGGAAAGAGCUUGAGACCAAUAUGGCGUUGGCUGGAGCGACCACGAUCUCGGAGAUCGUCCCGGGAAUGGUGAACACGCAGCGCCUGGAGACAGAGGUCACUCGCUUCGUCAAGUUGUGA